AUGUCAGAAUCAUCUGAAAAAAAGAUAAUUUGCUCGUUGAUUAGUCAUAAACUUGGUUGUAGUCCAUUCGAUUAUACUUUAAAGUUAAAAUUAACUUCAGAAUGUGAAUAUAGUUCAAAAUUAAGAUGUUGUACAUUUCAGAGAAAUAUCCAUGAUAAUAGCUAUGAGAGCGAUAGAUUGCUGGCGGUCGGUGAUUUCUCUGGAAAUCUGACGGUUUGGGAUAUUGAUAGAUUGGGAUUGCCUCUGUUCCAGUCAGGCCAGCAGAAGCAUGGUGGAGCCAUCAAUGCCAUCGAUUCAUAUCAACAUUCGGUUGCUACCGGUGGAAAAGACGGUAAAGCAAUACUUUGGGACGUUAGAGCAAUGAAAAUGCAACAUUCUUUUGACUAUCAACCAUCAUCAUCGACAACAGCAGCAGCAGCAGAUGUCGCACAGAAAAAGGAGUGUGCGGCAUGGUCUAUCUAUACCGACGAUCUAUAUCUCUUUGUUGGCUAUGAGAGUGGUGAUCUCUCUUGUUUCGACUUGAGAACAUCGAAAUUGUUAACAACCUAUCACAGCAGCGACACCAUCAAAACAUCUGUCAGCAGUAUAGCAAUCAACUCGCAACGCGACUAUAACAAUAUUAUUCUUGGAGGAAGUGAAUCUAAACCGUUGUCAUUUGUAAAGUUUAAUAAUAAUAAUAAUAGCAACAACAAUUCAAUAGUAGAACAAAGUAGCAAUAGUGAUAGUCAACAACCAACUUUAAAGAGUAAAUUAGCGUGGUGUACAAGAUAUUCUCCAUUUUCAAAAUCAAUGUUUGCCGUAACAACGAGUGAGGGUUCUCUUUCUUUAUACAACGGCAGAGACACUCUGAUAGAUAGUAUUAAACUUUCAGAAUAUCCUGUUUUAUCAGUGGAUUUCAAUGGAUCAAAGGAAGGACUAAUGGCAACUGUUUCACUGAAUAGAAAGUUAAACAUUUUAUUCACACCAUUUAAAUAA